CCCCUCCCCAGCCUGGCCAGCCCCUGGCGCAACUCGUGCACGUCCACGCGGCCGUCCUUGUUGCUGUCUAGUUCCUCGAACAGGCGACCCCAGCGCUGCCGCCGCUCCGCGUCGCCUGAGCCCCCCCGCAUGGCGCCUGCCCAGGGGGGAGGGGAGGCCCCGCAGCGACGGCCUCGGCGGGGGCUUUCUGGCGCCCCCUCCCCCCCGGGGUCCCUACAAGGCCAGCGCCCGCGCCCACCCGCACCGUAGCCUCUUCUGUGCGGGGCCGAGCUCCGGCACUUGCUGGAAGUGAUAAAUGCUAGUCGUCCCCGCCCGCGCCAGAACUCGGUCUCCUCCUCCGACCCGCAUUACUUGGGGGAGGGGGCUGAGGGCGGAGCAGGGGGCGUGGGGAAGCAUUCUAAGAGGCUCUCGUUUUGCACAUCUGACAGCGCAUUUCUGGGACGGUAGGAGAGGCAACCGUCUUAGUACUCUACUUUGCUUGCCUCAGUUUACUCUUUUUCCUUAAAUGGUUUUGGUAGGGAAUUGUCAGGACUUGGAUUCGUAAUCUCGUUCACUUACACCUUCCUCUCCUACGGAUCCCUUAUCAGAAAUUCAAGUUUUUGCUUCUCCCAGGACUACACAAGAAUUCUGAACCAGUUUAAAAGCUUCUUUCGCCCGCCUGCUCUAGUCAGAUUCCCCAGUCGAUGACAGAAACAGCAGAUCAACAAAAAGGUGUUGGCUCCCUCCCCAAUACUUCAUUCCGCCCGCGCGCCUCCUUUUCUUGGUGACACUCAGAGAGAGAAACGCAAGGUCUACGAGCGGCGCGGCUGCAAAGUUAAACCCUUAUUGGUCAGAUGCGCGGGUCCGCUCCACGUGGGCGGGGCUUCCCGGUUGACCCGCCGCGGCCUCCAGUCCCGCAGCCCGCAGCCCGCUCGGUGUUCUUAAAGGGGCCGCGGCCCCACUCAGACUCUCAGAAGGCUGCUCUUUGCCGACCUGACUGGAAAGGGAGUCCGGGACCAGUAUCUCCAGCGCCGCUAUAGACUUACUUCCCUGACCGGUGGACGUCAGAUGGAUGUUCCACAGUGUGGACACAGGCUUGCCGUUAAGCUGGGCGAGAUUCUGCACAGGUGCUCUGUCCAGGGGUCUUCUUUUACCGCACAGGUGUAAUUCCAAGCAGAUGUUCUGAUUAUACUCCGAUUACAAGCCCACGUGUGUAUCUUUCUACAAAACUAGCAGGGUUUGCCCAGGCUGGCCUUGAUCUUGGGACCCUCCCGCCUCAGCCUCCAGAAUACAUCUGGGAUACAGGUUAGCAUUAUCAGGUCUGACUUCAGGUGUGAAUUCUUCAGUGUUACCCAUCGGAGCCCGCCCCUUACAAGUGUGUAUCUUUCUGGAGUGUCGCCACGCCCCCGCGUACGCACACCUGUGCUACAGAGGGACCCCAGCUGUGCAGUCCUUACACCUGCUAGCUUCUGCCUUUUGCGUUGCUCCGGGUCGCAAAGGGGUUCCCGUUGCAGGUGCUCUGGCAGCGCGGCCCCGCCCUCUUCGCCCCGCCCCUCUCAGCCAGGCUCAGGUGCACAAGCCGGAAGUGCGCUCUUUGCCCAGGUCCUGGGUCGCAGGUGCCCUCUUCGACCCAAGAUGUGGUAGGAAUUGGCGCUCUGGGGAAGUCCUGUCCUUGGCGCCACCAACUCCUCGCCUAAACUCAUGGCGACCCCAGGCCUGGGGCUGCUCUUGGCGUUUGGCUUGCCGAUGCUGCCCUCCGGUUGGAGUCAAACAACACUGGACCCUUUCACAAAUAGCACAACUCAACCCCCAGGCGAUGGGUCCAAAGGGGGCCUGUCUUCAGAGGCUAUUGUAGCCAUCACUGUGGUCUUCUCCAUUCUGGGAGUCGUGCUCAUAGCAGUGGGGCUGUUCCUGCUAAUGCGAAAACUUCGAGAAAAGAGGCAGACAGAGGGCACCUACCGGCCCAGCAGUGAGGAGCAGUUUUCCCACGCAGCAGCGGAGGCCCGGGCCCCCCAGGACUCCAAGGAGCCAGUGUGGGGCUGCCUGCCCAUCUAGCUCCUCCCCUCCUUCCCUGUCAUCCAUCUUCCCUUCCUUGCUGUGUGACCUUGUGGGAAGGCAACACCCUCCUUGGGCAAUCAGACUCACUCAAUGCUUACGAAUAGAAGGGCAGAAAGUUCUUCAAAGAUGUAGACAUUUAGGGCAAGGAGAAUGGGCCUGCUCACUUUUUAUAUAUUUAUAUGAAACUGAUAGGUACAAUAAAGGCUUUUUUGUUUUUG